GUAGCAUUCUCAUACUUAACAGUGUAUGCCCUGGUUCAGGGAACCUAAACAACAUGCUGCUGUGCUGGGUAUAUUCCUGGAAGGUUUGGUGCCACAAGGGUGUGCUUGAUGUUGUGCUGCAGGACUUAGCGCCCGACCCAGACGACCUCGUAGACAACAUCUAUUUGAUCCAAAUGAUAGAGAGCGACGGCGCACCGCCCUGCAAGAGGUGCAAGACGGCAGAUACAGGAAUGCAGCAGCUGCAGCGCGGCGCGGACGCGGGGCGGCAGGUGGUGCAGCAGCUGCGGCAGGUGCUCCCCCUGGCGGUGGAGGCCCUGCAGCGCCAGCUGGACGCGUCGGCCGAGCAGCUGCGCCAGAUGGAGGAGGCGCUGCAGCAGCAGGACGUCUCGCAGGAGCAGCUGCAGGUGGCGGCGCGGCUGGAGGACAGCCUGCGCGUGCUGACCACCGAGUGCAGCGUCGUCGCGGGCAGAGACGGGGCCGCCUGCUCGAGGACGCCCGUGCAGCUGGGUGGGGUCGGCGACAUCGUGCGCGCUGUGUUACUGCAGCUGCAGGCGGAGAAGGUUGACGAUUACCUCGCCCCUAUCAGACCCGCAGCCUACGUGGGGCCGCCAAUGACCACCAUCUUCUCCGUGAAUGACGACCAUCUUGCGAAUGGCCGUCUGAAAGUAAACGAGAUCCUCCGAGAUGUGCCGCGUUGGAGAAACAUACGCUGCUUAAAAAAGUUAAGAGGGCAAGGCUUGCGAAAGCUGCUGCCCCUUUUGUCUUCGCAACUCGAAGAGCUAGAGUUCGCCAUGGGUGAGGUUCAACCGCCGAUAGUCUUCGAAGAGGUGGCGAAAAUGGGCUCGCUCAAAAGACUGCGAGUCGCUUGCGACGACGACGCCGUCGGCGACUACCCGGACCUGCCGCUGCAGCUUGAGGAGCUCGUCAUUGGAUGGCCGAGCGAACAGCAGCUGCGCUGUGUGCUGCGCAUGCCGAACCUACGCAGCUUGAGAGUGACGGAUUACGGUGGUGAGAAUGUGGCCUUCCCCCCCGCGCAGAGUGGAGGGCUGCUGUGGCUAGGCACGGCCGUCAGUACCGAGCACAAGCCCACCAUGCUGUCCCUGGUCCGCGCCCACGCCGCGUCUCUGAAGGAGCUCGAGGUAUUCUGCACCGUAACUGGCAAGGAUUACGAUGCCUACUACUUCCCCGACCUGGGCCGAGACCUGGCUGCCUGUGGCUUGGAGCACCUGCAGCGGCUCGUGCUGGAGCGACUAACCAGCAAUCGAUGCAAGGACGUCGCCGGCUGUCUGCUGCAGAGACAGGCCAUCCGGGGCUUUCUACCGCGCGUUGACGUGGUCUGCAAAGGCUGCAACGCCUCUGUGUUGUAGGGCUACGGCCGCCAAAGCCUCAAGCCCAAACGCUGGACUGACUUGCCCACUGCGCCAAAGAGACCCCGAUUCCAGUAUUGUGUAAGUUUAGGUCUUCUAGUAAAUAAAUGCAUUCUUCUUUUACAUUUGACUACUAUUUUUUCAAUGUUAAACUCAAGUCAAAUAAAAACUAUCAUAUCUACUA